GUUAUUAAUUUCGGGAGUGAAUUAUGGCAUUCCAUCACGUAGUCUAAAUCAAAGGCCCUUGUGCCGAAAGAUUUUUGAGUUUAUUUGUCUUCGUCAAUCGUGUUGUUUAGCACGCAACUUUAUUUUGAAGGUGCCUAUCAUAACAACCGUUGUGUUAAACCGAUAACAUGCUUGCAAAUGCAACAGCCGAGAAACGAUUGUCCCGCUGGUACUUCGGUGGGCUAGCUUCGAGUGGGGCAGCAAUUGUAACUCACCCUCUUGAUUUGAUUAAGGUUCAUUUGCAGACUCAACAAGAUGGAAAAGUUAAGGCAGUAAGGUUGGCCAUUAACAUAGUGAAGCAGCAAGGCAUUUCUGCCCUUUACUCAGGACUCACAGCUUCCCUCCUUCGGCAGCUGACCUAUUCAACUGCACGAUUCGGGAUUUAUGAAGUGUCCAAACAAUAUGUUGGUGGUGCCAAGGCUGACAAUAUUCCAUUUUAUCAAAAAGCCUUUAUAGCUGGAAUGUCCGGUGCUGUAGGUGGACUUGUUGGUACACCUGGUGACAUGAUUAACGUUCGAAUGCAAAAUGACGUUAAAUUACCUGCCGCCCAGCGAAGAAACUACAAGCAUGCAAUUGACGGAGUUGUUCGUGUCUACCGGGAGGAAGGAUUUAGACGUCUCUUUUCAGGCGCAUCAACAGCCACUGGACGAGCAGUUUUAAUGACUAUUGGCCAGUUGUCCUUCUAUGAUCAAAUAAAAAUUAUUCUGCUCAGUACGGGACACUUCGAUGACAACCUUAUAACGCAUUUUGCAGCUUCGCUGUCAGCCGGAGCCAUAGCAACCACAAUGACUCAGCCAUUAGACGUUUUGAAAACACGAGCUAUGAACGCAAAACCAGGAGAAUUUAAAAAUUUGUUGCACCUGGUCACGUACACGGCCAAGCUGGGACCUUUGGGGUUUUUCAAGGGCUACGUUCCGGCCUUCAUCCGUUUGGCACCACAAACUAUUUUGACGUUCGUUUUCCUUGAACAACUUCGUAAACACUUCGGAUAUUUCCCAGCCAAAUGAAGUCCUUAGCAUCUGCAAAGAAGGAAAAAUUUUUGAUUUUCUUCCUUAUCAUUUGUUGACAGUGAACAUAUCAAAAAAAGGUUCUUCUCACCAUGAGAGCUUAGAUGUUGGUUUCAGCUGUGAUAGUCAUAGAAUUUAUUGUUGAGUCAGUGUCUCUCUAACGCAGGGCAAUUAUAGAUAAAGGGAAAAAAAAUUAGUUAUGCAUAAUGGAAUUAUAAUAAGGAAUAAGGAUAAGAGUCACAGAUUUUGAAAUGACAUGAUGGAAUUCUUUUCUUUCGUUGCUACCGUUCCAAUGUGCUCAGUUGAUUACGUAUUGCAUUUGUUCUACCAUGCGAUAACUAUCCUGAUGGAUCAAACAUGAUUGUGACUUUUCUA